AUGGAUCAAUUGUUUAAUCAAACGUUUAUUCUAUGGCGAUCUACUCCUCUGAUACAAUUCGCGAAAAAGACCCGACAAGAACUUGUGAAUAGUUUGGCACUUUUUCUAUCUGAUGCAGUAGAUAUGGUGAUAGGUGAUGGUGUAGGAGAACCAAAUCCAACUCGUAAUAUACUUCUUGAUAUUGAUUUUGAAUAUAUGAAAAUCAAUGGUUGGGAUAGUGUGGAUAAAACAAGUUUACCUAUUGACUUUCAAAUUAAAAUAUGGUAUAAAAAUCGACAAAAUCCUACCAAACAUCAGAUCUAUUUAUUACCGGCAACUGUACCUCGUAAUAACAAUAACAAUAAUGGUAAUGAUCCUAUGCUCGAUGCAAAAGACUAUCCUUUAAUCUUGACUAGAUUCAAUAACAAACAAAUGGCGGAUAUUGUACAACAAUGGCUUCAAACGGAAUUUGGUUGUCAUAUUACAAAGUUUCAUACUUCAGGCGGUAUCAUGAAAGCUCUGGUGGAUUGGUGGACUAGUUCACUUAUCAAGAAAUAUGACUUUGAAGCAAAUGAAACUUUACCUCCUCAAUAUGCUCUGGAGUUGACUUAUAAUCUCUCAUUUUCCGAACAACUAUCAUCUAUCACUAUUAAUGUAUCCAUGGAAGAACUUCGAAAAAUGCAAAAUUUAUUACAAAAAACAGACCUCACUAUGAUGGAAUUACUUGAAGAACAUCUUUAUGACACUCUUCGUAUCAAAAUUGAUUAUUGUACACUAUCAUGCGUUGGAACUCCUGUUGCUUAUAUUUCUAAUAAUAGUCAAAUGAAGUUAUUGACAAAUGGAGGUUCAAGAACUCAAUAUUUAGAAUUUCUUUCCGAACUUUGUGAUUUAGCCGGUACUACUUUUUAG